AUGGGCGGUGACAGGACAGGAAUUGCAGCUUCAUUCAUUCUGCACGAGAAACAGUCACAGUAUAUGCGGUUGGUACAUCUCUGUCAUCGCUGGUCUUCCUUGCUGCUUCUCCUUUCUGCAUUCUUGUGGUUCCUGAAGGCUUGCCUGCCUGCCUGUCUCCGAAGCUGGGAUCCAAUGGCGUCCUCCUACAAGAUGAAAGGGAUCUUCAAGAGCUUCAAGAUCAUCUCGCACAUCUUCGCGGCGAAGGAGCAGGAGAUGGAGAUUGGCUGCCCGACGGACGUGAAGCACGUCGCGCACAUUGGCUGGAACACCUCCACGGGGACGCUGACUGGAAAUGCUCCUCCAAGCUGGACACACAUGUACUCCCUCCGUUCCAUGAAAUAUGUCUAA